CAAUUUUUCCAACAAGAAGCACUGAAGAGCAACAUAACCUCAGCAUACACAUGCUGGCACGUGUGAAUUGAUAAUUUUCAAACAUAUGAGUUUUGUAUAAAAUAAUUCAUGAAUUUGUUUAGUAUAUUGUAAGUAAAUAUUACAAUAAAAUACAAUGGCUUUAUACAACUUUAAAAAAAUUACCGUCGUUCCCACGGCAAAGGAUUUCAUCGAUAUAAUUUUAUCGAAAACUCAAAGGAAAACUCCAACAGUAGUUCAUAAACAUUAUAAAAUUUCUCGAAUUCGAGCCUUCUAUACUCGUAAAGUUCGAUUUACUCAACAAAAUUUCCAUGAUCGUCUUUCUCGAAUUAUUCAAGAAUUUCCAAAGCUUGAUGAUGUUCAUCCAUUUUACGCGGAUCUAAUGAACGUUUUAUAUGAUAAAGAUCAUUAUAAAUUGGCAUUAGGGCAAAUUAAUACUGCCAGACAUUUAAUCGACAAUGUUGCAAAGGAUUAUGUUCGUUUGUUGAAAUAUGGAGAUUCUUUAUAUCGAUGUAAACAAUUGAAGAAAGCUGCUCUGGGUCGUAUGGCUACAAUAAUGAAAAGACAAGCAGCAAAUUUAACAUAUUUAGAACAAGUUCGUCAACAUUUAGCUCGUUUGCCGACUAUUGAUCCUUACACACGUACAAUUAUUAUUUGUGGUUUUCCAAACGUUGGAAAAAGUAGUUUUAUCAACAAAAUUACACGAGCAGAUGUUGAAGUCCAGCCUUAUGCAUUUACAACAAAGUCUCUUUAUGUAGGCCAUACAGAUUACAAGUAUUUACGUUGGCAAGUAGUAGAUACUCCAGGAAUCCUAGAUCAUGCAUUAGAAGACCGUAAUGUUAUUGAAAUGCAAGCAGUAACUGCAUUGGCACAUUUACGAGCAGCAGUUUUGUAUUUCUGUGAUAUUUCGGAGCAAUGUGGUCACUCUUUAGACGAACAAGUUAAACUUUUUGAAUCAAUUAAACCUCUUUUUGCAAAUAAACCAUUGAUUGUUGUUGUCAACAAAGUAGAUGUCUUACGUCUUGACGAAUUAUCACAAGAAAAACGUGAUGCUCUAAAAAAACUCGAAGAAAAAGAUGUUGUUUUAAUGGAAAUGAGUACAAUAACAGAUUUUGGUGUUAUGGAAGUUAAACAAGAAGCUUGUGAACGAUUAUUAUCUUUCCGAGUAGAUCAAAAAGUCAAAACAAAAAAAGUAGAAGGGUUAUUAAAUCGAUUACAUGUUGCUGUCCCUACUCCAAGAGAUUCUAAAGUUCGUGCACCUUUUAUUCCACCGAAUGUGGCAUUAAAGAAACAAGCUGCUGCAGAAAAAGCUGAAAAGAAACGUAAAUUAGAACGAGAUAUCGAAGAAGAAAUGGGAGAUGAUUAUGUUUUAGACUUGAAGAAAAAUUAUGACAUAGAAGGAGAUCAAAAGUAUGAUAUUAUUCCUGAAAUGUGGGAAGGUCAUAACAUUGCUGAUUAUAUUGAUCCUGAGAUCUUCGAAAAACUUAAUCAAUUAGAAAAAGAAGAAGAUAUGCGGAUUGCUGCUGGUAUGUAUGAUUACAAAGUUCCAGAGCUAACGGAAACUAUGAGAGAUAUUCAAGAGCUGGCCAAACAAAUUCGGGAACAGAAAAUGAUUAUGAAAGAAGAGGCUCGUAUCAAUAAACAGUCUACUAAACCUGUAAUGCCACGAACAGCAGCUGCAAAAACACGAGGUAGAUCUGUCACAAGAUUGAGAGAGGAAAUGGAAAAACUUGGUGUCGAUAUGAAUGAUACUGAAAAUGCGCAUUUCACUAAAACACGUAGUAGAUCGAGAUCUGCAUCUGGUCCAGCAAGGAAACGGCAAAAAUUAGAAUCUUCAUCUCAGUCAAGAGCUCGCAGUGUUUCUCGACCUCCACGAGACGAUAUGGGUGUCAAGGACGUUGUAAUGAAGCACAAAUUGAAAAAUAUUGCUCAUAAAGCAAUAAAGAAGAAGGUUGCCAAGAAGGGUCUAAAAGGAGAAGCUGACAGAUUUAUUGGAAAUAAAAUGCCAAAACAUUUAUUCUCUGGCAAAAGAGGAGUUGGAAAAACUGAUAGAAGAUAAUCCAAUUUAUUCAAAAGUUAUAAUAAUUAUUUUCAUUAAUCAAUUAAAUAUAUCUGAAUAAGCUUAAAAA